AUGAGUGCCGAGUUUGACAAUGCCCUAAACAGUCUCAUGGGUGGUUUGAGUCGCCCCAAGAAGGAUGAAGACAUUAAAGCUCUGGAAUCCUUUAUGGAUUCGGUGGUAGAGCUUUGUGGUGAUGACGAAUCCAAAUGGAAGUCUCUGGUGCUUGCCUUGACGUACAAGCGGUACCAUCUCAAGGCACCCGAGGCCAAGAUAUCCUUGAAGGAAGCGCUUGCUGACAAAAAGUCGGACACCAAGACUACUGUGGGAAACGGAGAACGACGAAUUUUCUACGUUGCCAUUACCCACUUAUUCCAGAAGCUACUGAACGACGCGGAAGCAAAUGAUCUAGUUUCUUGGGCAAUUGAUUGUUUGAUUCAAAUUGCUCCCCUCGCAGGAGGGAGCCGCGAUGUAUGUUCGUUAAUUGAAGCAUUUGUUGGAGCUGUUAUGCACAGUAAUGAAUCGUUUUUGGUGAAAAGGCAGCAAUGCAUUGAUUUAUUCGGAAAAGAGUCCUUGUCACUAUUGGUGCCGUCCGGAGUAAAGCUUUGCAUGGACGGAAUCCAGAAUGACAAAGCACAGGUAGCCCUCAAUAAUCUACUACAAGUUGCAGCCGAUACAUUGGACGAAGACAAGAGUAUCCUACUACAAGCUCGAGCCAAAGGUGAUGGUGAUAAAGACGAGAAAGAUACCACAUUGCCAAGUACGCUGCAUAUGUUUGUGCCGCAUCGUGACAGAGGCAAACCAAGAAAUAAGAAGACAGCUACCAACGCCAAAACAAUCCCUAAUCGACAACUACACAACACUGUGGCUGAACUUUUGAUAUGGUCUCGGACAUCCCUCAUGUCAUCAAACAAGGCGUUUGCUGGUAGUUAUAAUUGUCUCUUGGAGUCGUCAUCAGAAAGCAUCUCUAAUGAUAUCAAGGUAAGGGCGAAGAGAGCCUUACAAUGCUUGCAUACCAUAAUCCGAAAGGAGAGAAAACAGUUCAACGAUUUUGCCCGCAAAGAGGGUUUCAUGCUUAGUGACUUGUUCCCACAGGAUCACGGAGCCCUCAAGUACCAGCAAAUUGUCAGAGGAAAGGACGGUGAUAUCAACAAAUUGACCAAGCUGGCCACCAAAGGUGGCGCCACGAAUGUCCUAACGAUGAUCACUACCAGGUUUGCAUCGAAUCCCUCCAAGAUUACUCAUUUUGAGUCUGUGCAGUCCCUUGUACAAGAUUGGUCCAAUGCUACUAAAUUAUGUGAUGAUGAGCAGGUAGCAAAGAAGCUAAAGGAAAUUCAGCUUGCUCGAUUGAAGGCAACCAUUCGGCAGCUUCGUCAAGCCUACAAGCGAAGUGAACGUGAGAUUGUCUUGGCAUCUUUGGACAGCACGGUCGAAAGCCAUGCCGCUGCAUUGCUAAUAGCUGCGGCACUGGGAAAGUGGGAAAUCGAUAGCGACAGUGAUGUCCCGAUGCCAGAUACUAGCGCACCUGUGGUUCCUGUGGGAUGUAAUCUUCAUUUGCCAGGUGGGGUUGUCCAUACUGUGGACUGCUUUCAAGAAGUGUGUGACCUAUUAAUGUCGAUCGUCAGUUCAGACCCUUUGACAUUCCCCUCCAUGACAGAUGACGAUGGCAGUGCGACCAUUAAAGCUGUAGUGAACAUGGUGGAGAGGUACCUAAAAGAGAACCAAACUCUUCUUGCCGUCUCCUCAAACGACCUGAAGCUCCCUCCCGAAACCAUCGAGACUAUUGUGAAGCGUAACUGCUCCAUCCACAGGCACGAUGUGGAUGACCUUCAAGAAAGGCUCAACCGCGAAGGGGCCAAGAAUGGUGACAUUACAAUAUCUCUGUCUUGGGACACACAUGACGAUCUCGAUCUACAUGUCUUCGUUCCCUGUGGAGAAGAGGUCUCCUACGCAAACCGGGUUUGUGACAAGGGAAAGGCCAACCUUGAUGUUGAUAUGAACGCCAGUGGGCCAUAUUCCAAUGCUCCAGUCGAGAAUGUCUUCGUUGGGGAUCUAGACAAGCACGAAGAGGCUCCGCAUGGAAAAUAUAGAGUAGUUGUUCAAAACUACAGCUAUCACGCUAAAGGUGCCAAAAAUACCACGGAAAUCCCCUGGCAGGUAGUCGUUGACAAGAAUGGAGUAAAGGAGAAGUUCACGGGGAACUGUGUUGGCACCAGUAAAGAAUCGGAUGUGAUCGCUUGUGAAUUUGAGUACACUGGCAGGACUGUUCCUUACGAAGAGAAAGAACAGCCAGCUGAACUGGCUGCCAGGACUGUGAAUAUCACUACAUCGGUUGGGCGGACACUAGAGGCCUUAACUCAAGCCAUAAAGGCCGUUGGGCAGCAGGAGCAUAUGGACCAGGUCCGACAGCUCGUAAUUGAGGAUGAACACGGAGAACAAACAGUGGAACGGCUAGCUUUGAGUGCUACUUAUGAAGUUACCAACCGUGAUCGCAACAACAUGCUGAUAUUCCACCUACCAGCUCGUUUUCAGGCGAUCGUCAACAAGGUAUUUGGAGGAGGGGACCUGUCGGAUAAUUGCGCCGAAAGUAUUGCCAAACGCAUGGUCGAGGACAAGAUCCCAAUCUCGGAGCUCAAACGGGCAGGAUACCCUGAUGAUAUCGUAGAGUCAGUUCGUGAAAAGAUGAAGGUGGUGUAG